AUGGACUCCAAUCAACAGCAACUCCCCUCCUCCAACAGCCGUUCGGUGGUCUUGACGCCGUCAGCAGCGGCAAUGACGCAGGAUAGCGGUAGUGGUGGUAUCGGUGGUGUUGGAGGAGCGGGAUCCGUUCCGAACGUGAGUCAGGAGCCAUGCCGGAAGUUACUCCUUGUCAUCGACACAGACGGCUGCAAUGGCGACAGCAGCAGCAACGGAAACAGCAGCGAGAUUCGCAGCAGCAGCAGCAGCAGCAGCACCAACGGCAGCAGCAUUUCGCGGCCAUUGGUUGUGGAUUCUCUCCCCCCAUGGCAUCGGUUCCUCUCCCUCUGCUCCUCGCUUCCCUCCUCCCGUCCCUCCUCUCUUUCCUCCUCCAUACCUGUCCCCCUCGCCUCCACCUAUCUCUCCCCUCAUCCCUCCAUCCAUCCCUCCUCUCCUCGCCUUUCCGCCCCUCAUUCCAUCAAACCCUGUGAUUGGCCAGCCUCGCCUCUGGAAGCUUACAUGGCGCUGUCCAAGCUGGCAGCCGCUGAUUGGUGGAGACGAGUGGAGGUAGUUUUCCUGGCAGAAAGUGGUGGGAAGGAGGCGGAAGGGGAGGGGAAGGCGGAAAGUAGGAGGGCGGAUGGGGAGAGGGCGGAGGAGGGGAGGGAGGAAGGGGAGGGAAGGGCGGAAGGGGAGGGAAGGGUGGAAGAGGAGAGGCUGGAAGGGGAGGGGAAGUCGGAGAGGGAGGGGCCGAUGGAGAGGGGGCAAGGAGGCGCUACACUUAGAGUGGAAAGCUCUGGCGAAGGGCAUUCAGAAAGGGAACGUGUAGAAGGGCAUUUGGGGGAGAAGAAUGCAGAAAAGGAGCACCAGCAUCAGCACCAGGUGCAGAAGCAGCAGCAGCAGCAGCAGCAGCAGCAGCAGCAGCAGCAGCAGCAGCAGCAGCAGCAGCAGCGGCAGUUAGAUAGGCAGAGGGAGGGGGAGAAGCAGCAAGAAGACAAGGUACGCUGUGUGGAGUUGCUUGUGAGAGCUCUCAAAGGGUACGCUGUGUAG